AUGGACGGGCUUCGGGUGAAGAUGUCUGCUCUAACACCUUUUGCGAAGAAACACAAGGUCACAGUGAUCGGUUCCGGAAACUGGGGAUCGACGAUUGCCAAACUCGUGGGAGAGAACACACUGGAACACCCCGAGCUUUUCGAACGGGAGGUGCAGAUGUGGGUUUAUGAAGAGCAGGUCGAACUGGACAAGGGUUCAAAGCACUACGACGAGUCCUCCGAGUUCAGCAAAGGAAAGCAAAAGCUCUCAACUCUCAUAAACGCUUUCCACGAGAAUGUUAAAUACCUUCCUGGAAUCGCGCUACCCCAUAACGUCGUUGCCAAUCCUAGCCUGGUCGACUCGGUCAAGAAUUCUACCAUCCUGAUAUUCAAUCUCCCUCACCAAUUUAUUAUCAACCUAUGCAAACAGCUCCGCGGCCAUAUCCUACCCUUCGCCCGAGGCAUCUCGUGCAUCAAAGGUGUCAAUGUCCACGAAUCCUCCAUCAGCUUGUUCUCCGAGACCAUUGGACAGGAAUUAGGCAUAUAUUGUGGUGCUUUGUCUGGAGCAAACAUCGCCAGUGAAGUGGCCCAGGAGAAAUUCAGUGAAACGACUGUUGCGUACGACCCGCCGCUGAUGGACUCACAAUCACCUACACCCGCCACGUCUCAAGGACCCAGCCCGGCUUCCAGCCACGUUGAUUUGACCAAAUUGGUACACAAGGAUGUCUCCGGCAAGCCAUCAAAAGUCCAGCUCACGCCCCUGCCCGCCGAAUAUCACUCCAUCGACCAUGACACGUUGAAAAAGCUGUUCCACCGUCGAUACUUCCACGUGCGAGUAGUCUCUGAUGUGGCCGGCGUCUCUCUGGGUGGUGCUUUGAAGAACGUCGUUGCUGUGGCUGCCGGUUGGGUCGACGGCUUGGGCUGGGGUGACAAUGCCAAAGCAGCAGUCAUGCGAAUUGGCCUCCUGGAGAUGAGAGAGUUUGGAAACAGAUUCUUCCCUCAUACAAUUCAAUCUGACACUUUCACCGUCGAGUCAGCGGGCGUUGCAGACUUGAUUACCUCGUGUUCUGGUGGCCGCAACUUUCGGUGCGCCAAAAUGAGCAUCCAAGAAGGCAAAUCAAUCGAGGAGAUUCAAGAAAGAGAACUGAAUGGUCAGAAGCUGCAAGGAGCGUUAACGGCCCACGAAGUGAACAAAUUUCUCAAGUACAAGGGAAUGGAGAGGGACUUCCCUCUACUUACUGCCGUAUACAACGUCCUGGAAGGCAAGGAGAAGGCAGAUCAUCUUCCCGACCUGAUCGAACCAGAAGACGAGUAA